CCCGGACGUACGGCGGAUCGCUUGUGAAGUCCCGUUGUGUUUUUCAAGUGCUGACGGGCCGCGGUGGCGGACCCUGGCUCUGGCGGCAUCACGGAGGCGCAAGCUGUGUCCGAGGGCUCCAGGCCGGGCACCACCAGUCCCCGGACGGCCCCUCCCGUGACGGUGCUGGUGAUGCGACAGGACGAGGCCGCGGCGGACAGCGCUCUGAGGCCAGGUCUAGCGGGGAGCGAGGCGGCGGCGGACGCCGAGGAUGAGGCGGGGGAGGACGACGCCGACCUCCUGGACACAUCGGACCCGGCGGGCGGCGGCGAGAGUGCGGCCAGCCCCGAGGAGCUGGAGGACGAGGAUGCCGAGGGUGGCGGCGCGGCGCGCAGACGAGGCUCGAAGACCUGCACCUACGAGGGCUGCCGCGAGACCACCAGCCAGGUGGCCAAGCAGCGUAAGCCCUGGAUGUGUAAGAAGCACCGCAACAAGAUGUACAAGGACAAGUACAAGAAGAAGAAGAGCGACCAGGCACAGGGCUCUGGUGGCCCCGCCGCGGCCAGCACAGGCAAUGUCAAACUGGAGGAAAGCACAGAAAACAUACUCUCCAUUGUCAAACAGAGAACGGGAUCUUUUGGGGAUCGCCCUGCAAGACCUACUCUAUUAGAGCAAGUGUUAAAUCAGAAAAGACUGUCAUUACUAAGAAGUCCAGAAGUUGUCCAGUUUUUACAGAAACAGCAGCAGCUACUCAAUCAACAAGUUUUGGAGCAAAGACAGCAGCAGUUCCCAGGAGCUCCAGUGUGAGGGCUUACCAGGAAGUCUGCUGUGCUUUGCCUGACUGAUGGAUAGGUGUGCCUUUAGACCAAGACGAUGCCCUGAUAAUCAGGCGUUGGUGGUGCACACCUGGAAGCCCUGAACUUGGAAAACUGAGCCAAGAGGAUCCCAGAUUCAAAGCCAGCCUGGGCUACAUAGCAAGUUCCUUUCUCAAAAAAGAGAGAGAGAGAGAGAAGAAAACUAUUUCCUGUUAAGUGUGCGUGUGCAUUUGAGGAUAAUAAGUAUUGAGUUUUUGCAUUUCAUUGUAUCAUAUCACCCUGAGUCUAAGUCUCCUGUAUGGUCUUUAAUGUUUUUCUUCAGUUCUGCUCACUGAAGCUAAGGAGGCAGUUACUUCCUGUGGAAGUCAUAAAGGUAAUAGUAAUAUCACAUCACCUGGUGCUGUGCUCCUCAUCCGGACGCACUGGGAAGGAAUGGAUGUUGGGUUGUCGCAGUGACCUGGAGCUAGCUAGGCUGUAAUGAAGGGCCGGGAAUCCUUACUCAGCCCACCAAGGCCAGGGCAGGUUUGGUUUUCUUAUAGUCAUUCUUAACGUUCGUCAUAAAGGAGAUCCCGAAGGGAGAGCAACGCUCACGUAUGACAAGGCCAAAUGUGUCAGUGGAUUGACCCCUAAGUUCUGAAGUGUAAGCGACGUUAAACUCAGAGGGCUAUGGGCGCAGUUCAGCCUUGCUGCGCCCCCCUAGCCUGUGCGAGGCCCUCUGCCUGCCCACCCUCACCACCAUAUAAACAAAUGCAGGGAAGAGAGUGACGGUCUUCAUUGUGUUGUUCGUGUGUCUGAAAAAGACCUUUGCCAAAAUUAUCCAUUAAAGGGCAGCUGUUAAACUUUGA